GUGUGUAGAUCAGCAGAGGUUGUCGGGAUGAAACUUGUGUUUGCAGCCUCCUUUGCCCUGCUGGUGCUGUCCUCCCUAGACCUGGUGGACUCAUCUGCCUAUGACAAGAUAGUGUCACACAGCCGCAUCCGGGCCAAGAAACAGGGGCCCAAUGUGUGUGCUCUCCAGCAGGUCAUGGGGACCAAUAAGAAGUAUUUCAGCACAUGCAGGAACUGGUACAAGGGAUCCAUCUGUGGCAAGAAAACAAUGGUGCUUUACGAGUGCUGCCCGGGCUACAUGAAGUUGGACGGCAUGCUUGGCUGCCCUGCAGUGGCUCCCAUUGACCAUGUUUAUGGUACCCUGGGUCUUGUGGGGGCAACAACCACACAAAGGUAUGCAGAUAUCUCCUCCCUCCGUGCGGAGAUCGAAGGCCGUGGCUCCUUCACCAUGUUUGCUCCCAGUAACGAUGCCUGGGACCUUCUGGAUGCAAGUGUGAAGGCCAAACUGGAGGGCAGUCCGGACGUGGAACUGAACAACGCCCUUCACUACCACAUGAUCAACAAACGCCUCGUCACCAAAGACCUGAAGAAUGACUUGACCUUGAAGUCCAUGCACAACAGCCAUGGGCUGCGUAUCAACCACUACUCAAAUGGAGUGGUCACAGUGAACUGCGCCAGAAUCAUUCAUGGGAACCAAGUGUCGACCAACGGAGUGGUGCACAUCAUUGACCGGGUCCUCACACUUGUGGAAGAUACCAUUCACAAUGUCCUGGACAAAGACGAAGACCUGUCUAGUCUCAGAACAGUGGCAGAGGUUUCAGGCUUGAUGGACACACUGAAGAAGCCUGGCCAGUACACUCUAUUUGCCCCCACUAACACUGCAUUUGACAAAAUCGAGGGAGACGUCAUGGAGCGUCUCAUGAGUGACACGACCAUUCUCCAAGCUCUGUUGCAGUACCACCUCCUCAACUCAGUGCAGUGUUCUGAGGCCAUCAUGGCAGGCGCCGUUUACGAAACAAUGGAGGGAAGCACAAUUGAAAUUGGCUGUGAUGGUAACAGCCUCACGGUGAAUGGCAUCAAAAUGGUGUUGAAGAAGGACAUUGUGACCACUAACGGUGUUAUUCACCUGAUUGACCAGGUCCUCAUUCCCAAUGCAGCCAAGCUGGUGAUGGAGCUGGUGAGUGAGAGCACCUUCAAAGACAUGGUGUCUGAGCUUGGCCUCGCAGCCGCCAUGCAGCCAGAGACGGAGUACACCCUCCUGGCCCCCCUCAACGGAGCCUUCACAGAGGAGGUGAUGUCCAUGGAUCAGCGUCUCCUGAAGAUCAUCCUGGAAAACCACAUCCUGAAGCUGAAGGUCUCCCUGAGUGAGCUCUACAACGGGCAGGAGCUGGAGACUCUCGGUGGAAAGCUGCUGAGAGUGUUCAUCUACCGAACAGCUGUUUGCAUCGAGAAUGCCUGUAUGGUUCGGGGCAGUAAGGAGGGAAGCAAUGGUGCUCUACAUCUUAUGAGAUCAAUCAUCAAACCUCCUGAGAGCACCAUGUUUGAUCUCUUAAUAGCUGAUGGACGUUUCAAGAUAUUCUUAUCGUUGAUGGACACAGCAGGUUUGAUAGAUCUGCUGAAACAGACUGGAGCCUACACUCUCUUUGCCCCCACAGACGAUGCUUUUGAGGUUCUGUCUGAGGAGGACAUGGCUCUCCUUACAAGUGAUCCCAAUGCGCUCAGGACAAUCCUGCUGUAUCACUUCAGCAAAGGGGUCUUCAUCAAUGGAGGACUUGAGGGAGGGGUCACAAAUCUUCUCAAGACCAUUCAAGGAAACAACCUUCAGCUACUCUCUGUGAACAACUCAAUCCACGUGAACUCCAUCGACGUCCCUGACAAUGACAUAAUGGCUUCUAAUGGAGUAGUCCAUGUGGUCAAGACCUUGCUGUAUCCUGGAGACCUGCCCGUGGGACGUCAGGAUCUGUAUCUCCUGCUCCAGAAACUCAUCAAGUACAUCCAGAUCAAGUUUGUGUCUGGAUUCACAUACCAUGAGAUUCCUCUUACUUUCCUCACAAGAACCAUCACUAAAACCACCACUACCACCAGGAUUGUUGAAACAGCUCCUGAAAUCACUAAAGUCACUCGAGUCAUCACCAAGACUGAGACUGACCCGACCACAGUGGUCACUCGGGUGAUUGAGUCAGGUGAACCAACAAUCACCAAGGUAACAAGAGUCAUUGAAGGUGAACCAACAUUCACCAAAGUGACCAGGGUUCUUGAAGGUGAACCAACAAUCACCAAAGUGACCAGGGUUGUUGAAGGUGAACCAACAAUCACCAAAGUGACCAGGGUUGUUGAAGGUGAACCAACUAUUACCAAAGUCACCAGAGUUGUUGAGGCAGAAGCACCUUUGACCACUGUGACCAGAGUGAUUACGGGCGAAUCAGAACCAACAGUUACCAGGGUAGUUGUUGAGGGUGAGCCAACAAUCACCAAAGUCACCAGAGUGGUCGAGGGUGAUCCAUCACUCACCAAGGUCACCAGAGUCAUCGAGACUCACACUUCUUCUGAUGGGGAACUGGACACUGACGGUGAAAUCAGGAGAAUCAUUGAAGAAGAAGUUUCCAAGGUUAAGAAGGUUCUGGAAAGCGAGGUUCACAUCCUCCAGGAGGAGGAGAUCAAAAGAAUCAUAGAGGGAGGUGGCCCUGGACUCACAACUGUCACCAAGGUGAUCAGACCAGAACCUCAAAUCAUUGAAGGGCCUGAUUUCUCCAGGAUCACAUCCUUCCAAGGAAACUCAGACCUGAUUGAAGCAGAAUCAGAGAAAAUCACCAAAAUCAUCCAAGAGGGAGGACCAACACGAUUGCAGGCCAAAAGAGCACCAGUCAAACAAGCAGGCAUCAGGAGAAGAAACCGACUGGUGCGACGGCACCCCAAGCGCACACAGUAGAGUCCACACACAAGACCGGUGACUUCUUUACACACAGACGCGGAUGAGGAACAACUGAGAUCGUGACAUCUAACGGACACUUACCUUGUUCUCUCCUCUCUGAGGGAGUUCAAGAUGGAGGAGGAGUGGGAUUACACUUGAUCUUGUUGACCCCUUGAAUGAAUUGAUCUCAAUAUGCCUGGAAGCUGAGAGGAUAUGAACUGAAUAGCAUCAAGAAUGUCAAAAAGAGAAGAAAAAGGGGAUAUAUGCAGUGUCUACAAUGUGUAUUUAAAAUGUUUAUAUAAGUGGGGUCUUUGAGGGAUAUGUGAGAUAUCUUAAAUCAGUGAUGUUGCUUUGUUUAUGUGUUUAUUUGUUUGUUUGUUGUUUUGAAAAAAAGAUACAUUGCUUCUUUUGAUAUGGGAUGUAAUAAUGUAUGACUUACAUUAGGUGCUUACAUUCACACAUUUGAAUGUAUUUUUAUACAUCUGAAGCAGAAGUUGCAAUUAUUUGCUGUAACUUUGGACAAUUUGUCAAAAUGUUCAAGUUUACUAUAGUUUUGUUUUAUUACAUCUUAUCUUUGUGGACUUCAAUAAUAUCUUUUCCAUCUUAUCUGGUGUUUUUUUCAGCAUUUUGAUGGUGUAUGUUUAACCUGUGUGCUUCCAAACUGAAUGGCUGGUUAUUUAUCAUUCAUUUUCCAUCAUUGUUAAAGGCCUGGUUGGUGUCUCAAACAAAUCUCCGCCUCUUACCUCUGUUUGAAAACACAUAGAGAUCUAAAUAAAAAAUGUAUUCUUGAA